UGCGAAUGUGAGAGCCAAUCAGAAGCGAUCAAAAACAAAAGCGCAACGAAAAACACAAACUUUGUGUUUUGUUUCGUUAAUCAUGGCCGACGCCGCUGGAAAUUGGUGUCUCAUCGAGAGCGAUCCUGGCGUUUUUUCGGAGUUAAUUAAAGAAUUUGGCGUGACCGGAGUCCAGGUCGAGGAACUUUAUACUCUGGAAGGCAAACAGUUCGAGUCAUAUUUGCCUGUGCAUGGCUUAAUCUUCCUUUUCAAAUGGGUCGCCGACUCGGAGCCGUCCGGCCCCAUUGUCCAGGAUCAUCGGCUAGACACUAUUUUCUUUGCCAAACAAGUCAUCAACAAUGCGUGUGCAACCCAAGCCAUUCUGAGCAUUCUGAUGAACUGCAAGCAUCAAGACCUGAAUUUAGGAAGUAAUUUGUCAGAGCUGAAGGAAUUUUGCCAGAGCUUCGACGCACACAUGAAAGGACUCACUAUCAGCAACUCUCCAGUCAUUAGAUCGGUGCAUAAUUCAUUUGCUAGACAAACUCUGUUUGAAUUUGACUCAAAGUCGGCUUCCAAAGAUGACGAGGUGUACCACUUUGUCAGCUAUGUGCCAAUUGACGGCAAACUGUACGAGCUGGAUGGACUGAAGGAGGGCCCAAUUGACCUGGGAGACAUUCCUCCUGACACUAAUUGGGUUGACUUUGCGAAACCCAUCAUUGGGAAGAGAAUUGACAAAUACACAGCAGGAGAAAUCCAUUUCAAUUUGAUGGGAGUGAUUUCUGACCGGGUCACGGCGUACCAGAAGCAAAUAGAAAAGAUCCAGAAAGAAAUCGAGGAGGGUGGAAUGGACACUGACCUCCAGCAGGUGGAGAUCGCCAGGUUCAAGGAGCGGAUCAGCGAGGAAAAGUCCAAGGAAAACAUGCACAAGGUGGAGAACAUCAGGAGGAAGCACAAUUACCUGCCGCUGAUCGUGGAAAUCCUGAAAACCUUGGCCAAAGAAGGGCAGCUGAUGCCCUUGUACGAAAAAGCCAAGCAGCGCGCCCAGGAAAAUGCAAGCAAGAAGAUGCAGUGAAAGCAAGACCAGUUUAGCAGAAAACUGACAUCAUCGCCGACGUUGUAUUCCUUGGGCUCGCACCCCCUAGAAAAUAAGUAGAAUUGUGUGUUUUUUUAGUGUUUUGUCUAAAAAGUGCUAGUCGAAUCGGUCUUACGGUUUGAAUAGUUUCGCGCCG